CGCGGGGAUAGGCGGCAGCGAGCCGGGGCAGGGGCGGCGGGCUCGCCCCGCGCCGCGCAGCAUGGUGCGGGAAACCAGGCACCUCUGGGUGGGCAACCUGCCGGAGAACGUGCGUGAGGAGAAGAUCAUCGAGCACUUCAAGCGAUAUGGACGUGUCGAAAGUGUCAAAAUCCUCCCUAAGAGGGGGUCGGAAGGUGGAGUGGCAGCGUUUGUGGAUUUUGUGGACAUCAAAAGUGCGCAGAAGGCACACAACUCUGUCAACAAAAUGGGAGAUAGAGACCUCCGGACGGAUUAUAAUGAACCAGGAACCAUUCCCAGUGCUGCUCGGGGAUUGGAUGAUACAGUUUCCAUAGCAUCUCGUAGUAGAGAGGUUUCUGGGUUCAGAGGAGGUGGUGGGGGGCCCACUUACGGCCCCCCCCCAUCGCUUCAUGCACGGGAAGGACGUUAUGAGCGGAGACUUGAUGGGGCUUCAGAUAACAGGGAGCGUGCUUAUGAACAUAGUGCCUAUGGACACCAUGAGCGGGGGACGGGAGGAUUUGAUCGGACGAGACAUUACGAUCAGGAUUACUAUAGAGAUCCUCGAGAGCGGACUUUACAACACGGGCUCUAUUAUACUUCUCGGAGUCGAAGUCCAAACCGUUUUGAUGCUCACGACCCCCGUUACGAACCUAGGGCCCGGGAGCAGUUUACAUUGCCCAGUGUGGUACACAGGGAUAUCUACAGGGAUGAUAUUACACGGGAGGUACGAGGCAGAAGGCCGGAGAGGAAUUACCAGCACAGCAGGAGCCGGUCGCCGCACUCAUCGCAGUCCAGGACACAGUCCCCACAGCGCCUGGCCAGCCAGGCAGCCAGACCCACCCGCUCCCCCAGCGGCAGCGGCUCCCGGAGCAGGUCUUCCAGCAGCGACUCCAUCAGCAGCAGCAGCAGUACCAGCAGCGACAGCAGCGACUCCAGCAGCAGCUCCAGCGACGAGUCCCCGGCACGGUCAGUGCAGUCCACAGCAGUCCCAGCACCCGCAGCCCAGCUGCUUCCAUCGCUGGAGAAGGAUGAACCCCGGAAAAGCUUUGGGAUCAAGGUUCAAAAUCUUCCAGUGCGCUCAACAGAUACAAGCCUUAAAGAUGGACUUUUCCAUGAAUUCAAGAAGUAUGGAAAGGUGACGUCGGUGCAGAUCCACGGGGCUUCUGAGGAGCGCUAUGGACUGGUGUUCUUCCGGCAGCAGGAGGACCAGGAAAAAGCACUAAAUGCCUCAAAAGGAAAACUUUUCUUUGGCAUGCAGAUUGAAGUCACAGCCUGGAUAGGACCAGAAACAGAAAGCGAGAAUGAAUUUCGUCCUUUGGAUGAGAGGAUAGAUGAGUUCCACCCGAAAGCAACAAGAACCCUCUUUAUUGGCAACCUGGAGAAAACAACCACCUACCAUGACCUCCGCAACAUCUUCCAGCGCUUUGGUGGGAUAGUGGAUAUCGACAUUAAGAAAGUGAAUGGUGUUCCUCAGUAUGCAUUCCUGCAGUACUGUGAUAUUGCAAGUGUGUGUAAAGCCAUUAAGAAGAUGGAUGGGGAAUAUCUUGGAAAUAACCGGCUCAAGCUGGGGUUUGGGAAGAGCAUGCCUACAAACUGCGUGUGGUUAGAUGGGCUUUCUACCAACGUCACAGAUCAGUAUUUAACCCGACAUUUCUGCCGAUACGGGCCUGUGGUGAAGGUGGUGUUUGACCGCUUAAAAGGCAUGGCCCUGGUUCUCUACAAUGAGAUUGAAUAUGCACAAGCAGCUGUAAAAGAGACCAAGGGGAGGAAAAUCGGUGGGAAUAAAAUUAAGGUGGACUUUGCAAAUCGAGAAAGUCAGUUGGCAUUUUAUCAUUCCAUGGAGAAAACGGGUCAAGAUAUCAGAGACUUUUAUGAAAUGCUGGCAGAAAGAAGCAGGGAUGAGCGAAGAGGAUCUUACGAGUACGCCCCUGAUCGUACUUACUACGAGACUGUUCGGACUCCAGGGACGUAUCCUGAAGAUCCUCGUCGAGAAUACCCAGCUCGAGGCCGAGAAUUUUACGCGGAGUGGGAUCCCUACCAAGGAGACUACUAUGACCCACGCUACUACGACGACCCACGCGAGUACAGGGAUUACAGGGGCGAUCCUUACGAGCAGGACAUAAGGGAGUACAGUUACAGGCAACGGGAGAGAGAGCGGGAGAGGGAACGGUUUGAAUCUGAUCGGGACAGAGACCACGAACGGAGACCCAUUGAGCGGAGCCAAAGCCCGACGCACUCCCGGCGCCCGCAGAGCCCCGGAGCAUCCCCGUCGCAGUCGGAGCGGCUGCAGAGCGAUUCCGAGAGGAGGAUUUACAGCAGGUCAUCGGAUCGCAGCGGCAGCUGCAGCUCUCUGUCCCCUCCGCGAUACGACAAACUCGACAAAGCCCGCAUGGAACGUUACUCAAAAAACGAGAAGGCGGAGAAGGAGCGAGUGUUCGACCAGGAAAGGGUGGACAAGGAGAAACGCCUGGUGAGGAAGGAAAAGCCAGAAAAACUGGAAAAGGAAAAGACUGAUAAGCAAAAACGGAAAGCAAAAAUCCAUUCGCCCAGCUCUCAGUCUUCUGAAACGGAUCAGGAGAAUGAGAGAGAGCCCAGCCCUGAAAAACUGAAGGGUAACAGUAAACAGAGUAAAGAGAGAGGUGACAAAGAAGGGACAGCAAAAAACCGCCUGGAACUAAUGCCCUGUGUCGUGUUGACCCGAGUAAAAGAAAAGGAAGGGAAGGUUAUUGAUCAGCCUGCUCUGGAGAAACUGAGAGCAAAGCUUGACAAUGACACCAUGAAGUCCCCACUUCUUGAGCAGAAAACACAGACAUCUCAAGCUGAGCAAACCAAGUCUGAUCAGUCUAAACUGGAACCUGCCAGAACCAAGGUACAAAAGGAGAAAGCCCUUGCCAGUCACGUAGAAGUUGUGGAUAAGGAGGGAAAACUGAAACCCAAAAAGCACUUGAAGGCAGAGCAAACUUCUGAGGGGGCCAGUGUGGUGGAUUUAGACAAGUUGGAGGCUCGUAAAAGGCGUUUUGCUGAUGCGAAUCCGAAGCCUGACAGGCAAAAACUGGAAGCAAAAAGAAGCAGCCAGGAUGAGGAAGAUGCACGUAUGGUUUUGAAGAAGCAGCUUGACACAACAGCUUCAUCUAGAGAAGCCACCUUGUUAAGGGAAGGAGAAUUGGAGAGAAAACCCCUGAGGAAGGAGAUGCUUAAAAGGGAAUCUAAGAAACUCAAACUGGAAAGACUUAUUCCCGUUACCAGCCCCAAAGAAAUACAGGAGACUCUUAAUGUCAGUGGGAUCGGCAUGCGUCCCACCCUGGAUCUGCAGGCGAGGCUCAUGGAGGCAGCUGAUGAACCAGCAGAGGUUCAGGAGCUCUCUGCUAAAAAACUGAACCCAGUAAAACCGCAGCAUAAGCAGGUACAGCUCCUAGAUGAUCAGGGCACAGAGAGAGAGGACACAAGGAAAAAUUACUCCAGUCUUCCUGAAGACACACCUGAGCAUAAACUUGGCCAAGAGAAACCUCAGUCAGCUGAUACGGAGGAGAAAAUCGGCAUUGACAUCGACCACACGCAAAGCUACAGGAAACAAAUGGAGCAGAGUCGCAGGUUGAAACAGCAGCUGGAAAUGGAGAUCGCCAAGUCUGAGAAGUUUGGCAGUCCAAAGAAAGAUGUGGAUGAAUAUGAAAGACGGAGCUUGGUCCAUGAGGUGGGAAAACCACCGCAAGACGUCACUGAUGACUCUCCACCAAGUAAAAGGAAAAAGACUGACCAGUUUGACUUUGAAAUCAGCACUAAAAGAGAGAGGAACUACAGAAGUUCUCGUCAGGUGAGUGAGGACUCUGAGAGGACAUCCUGUUCUCCUAGCAUCAGGCACUUCCCUUUCCAUGAAGAUGAUGACACACUCGAUUCUCCGAGGCUAAUGCCAUUGAAGGAAACCAAAGAGUCACCCAAAAUAGAAGAAAAGGGUCUUUCAUACUCCAACAUGACUGUGAGGGAGGACUCACUGAAAUUCAAUCCUUAUGAUUCCAGCAGAAGGGAGCAGAUGGCAGAAAUGGCUAAAAUAAAACUCUCUGUACUGAGUUCUGAAGAUGACUCGAGUAGGUGGGAAACACAAGUGAAGCAGGAGCCUGGGAGAGUCGAUAUCAGCUUUCCAAGCAGCAUCGUCAAGAGAGACAGCAUACGCAAGCGCUCUGUCCGAGACCUGGAGCCUGGGGAGGUGCCUUCAGAUUCAGAUGAUGACAGUGAAAACAAGUCCCAUUCCCCCAAAGCCUCGUCCUUGUUAGAGAGUUCCAGGUUGUCUUUUUUAUUAAGGGACAGGGAAGAAAAGUUACGUGAAAGAGAGGAAAGACUGUCAAGUUCUUUAGAAAGAAACAAAUUUUACUCUUUUGCAUUGGACAAGACAAUCACACCAGACACCAAGGCCUUGCUGGAAAGAGCUAAAUCUCUGUCUUCCUCCAGAGAAGAAAACUGGUCCUUUCUAGAUUGGGAUUCAAGAUUUGCUAGUUUUAGAAACAAUAAAGACAAAGAGAAGGUUGACUCGGCUCCCAGACCUAUUCCAUCUUGGUAUAUGAAAAAGAAAAAGAUCAGGACUGAUUCAGAAGGUGGAAAACUGGAUGAUAAGAAGGAAGAUCAUAAAGAGGAGGAACAAGAGAGACAGGAACUGUUUGCUUCUCGUUUUUUGCAUAGUUCAAUCUUUGAACAGGAUUCCAAACGCCUGCAGCACCUAGAGAGAAAAGAUGAUGAUCUCGACUUCAUCUCUGGUAGAUUGUAUGGGAGGCAGUCCUCCUCCGAUGGGACCAACAGCACGGCUGACCUGGUGCAAGAGCCAGUGGUUCUCUUCCACAGUAGAUUUAUUGAACUGACACGAAUGCAGCAGAAAGAAAAAGAGAAAGAUCAGAAACCAAAAGAAGUGGAAAAACAGGAAGAUAAAGAAAACCGGCCUAAAACACCGGACACUGUACCUGAUAGUAAAGAACCAGAACAUAAAACUCCCUCAGUGGUCAGUCCCUCUUCAGUCACUGUCAUGCCACAGGAACCAGCACCAGUUGCUUCUGAGAAGGUAGUGAAUGAAAAGGUAGUGGUGGAAACAGCUUCUGUGAAGGAAGAAAAAGCUUCUGAACCUGCUUCUGCAGCAGAGGAGCAAAAACCUUUCCCUGAACUUGCUGCUCCUGUCAAAAUGGAGCCACUCGAGCAAACGGAACCCCUGCCAGUUGUAGAAGCCAGUAAAGAAGUUGUUGCUACAACCCUGGCACCGGAGGAAGAUGCUGUGGCAACAGAGCACCCUUCAUACUUGGAUACCAAGCCUCCUACACCUGGAUCUUCAUAUUCCCAAGCAGACAGUGUAGAUCCAGAACCUGAAGCUGCCCAGUUAAUUCCACCUCCAGCCAAGCUGGUUCCAAAGUCCGAGGAAGCUGCUGAACCUAAAGAAGAAAAUCCUCCACCUUCUGCCAGCGCCGAUGCUGGUGUGAAUCAGAAGGUGGAGGUGGCUGCCGAGGUCCUGCCGCCUGUUUCUGACAACGAUAUGGAAGUUGAAACUCCGGUUGUGGUAAAAGAUAAGAAGUCCUACAAGAGUAAACGCUCCAAGACUCCCGUGCAGUCAGCUGCAGCUAACGUGCUGGAGAAGCCUGUCACGAGGAAGAGCGAAAGGAUUGACCGUGAAAAGCUCAAGAGGUCGAGCUCUCCUCGUGGAGAGACACAGAAGCUUUCUGAAUUGAAAGUGGAGGCUGAGAAGGUUUCGAGGAACGCUGCUAAAUCCCCAAGUUCUGCUGCAGAGCCAGAAAACGUGGAGCCAAGCUUGCCUAUAGGCCGGACCAGGCGCAGGAACGUGAGGUCAGUCUAUGCUACCACAGGGGACAAUGAAGGCCCUUCUCCAGUGAAGGACUCUGUGGAGGUCACUCGAUCCACCAGGAAGAGAGGGGAAAAGGAACCACAGGAAGCAGCGACAACGGUUCCUACGACCCCGAGGAGGGGAAGACCUCCCAAAACCCGCCGUAAGCCAGAGGAGGACAUCUCUCCAAUAAAGACAGAAGCUGCUCAGCAGGAGGUGGAGGAGGCUGAUGCUAAAGAUGCUGUGGAAGCUCCUAAGCCUGCUGAAGGUUGGAGGUCUCCUCGAUCCCAGAAGCUAACACACAGUCACUCCUCAGCUGCAGCCAGCCAACAGGGGAAGAAGGGGAAGAAUGAACCAAAAGCUGAUGCAUCGGCUGAAUCUGAAGAUGCUGCUGAAAGGAGCGGUCAGGAAUCAAGUGUUGGUGACAACGGCAAUAAAGCAAAAGUGACUGAGAAAGAGCCGGCAGCAAGUGAGCAGAAACGGGACAGGAAAGAACUGGAUGUGGAGAAAACCCAGCUGGAAAUCCCCACAGUUGAGAUCAUUGAGAAGAAGUCGGCACCAGAAAAGGUUACGAAAUCCAAAAGGGGAAGAUACAAAAAUACCAAAACCGUUGUAGACAAAGCAUCCGUGUGUCUAAAAAAUGUGGAAAUACGCCUCAAUGUGGAUGAAGUCAAGGGCGCUUUGCGGCCGACUGAGGACGAGGCAGAGCCAGUGGCAGUGUCACCGGCCAAAAUGAAGAGCCCCCCGAAAGAGGACAUCUUGGCACCUCAUUUUGCUAAGAACGAGGUAGAAGAUUCAUUCCCAGAGACGGAAAAGGAGGUGAUCCGAGAACCCAAGCAGUCCCCCGAAGCUGCCCAGUUGGCAAAACAGAUUGAACUGGAGCAGGCUGUGGAGAACAUCGCAAAGCUCACCGAAACUCCUCCGUCCAUUGCUGCCUACAAAGAGCCACAGGCAGAUGUGCCUGAAGUUCGUCAGGAGGAGGAGGGAGAUAAACCCGCGCAUCAGGCCAGUGAAACGGAGCUGGCAGCGGCCAUUGGCUCCAUCAUUAAUGAUAUCUCUGGGGAGACAGAAAGUUUUCCUGCACCCCAGACGUAUCCUGCUGAAUCGGAAGCUGAAAUUGCCACCGAGCCCUUGGCAAUGCCGUCCCCUCAGGAGGAGAUGGAGCCCGAGACGGAUCAGGCAGUGAACAAUAUCCUAGAAACUGAGGCUGUCAUGGAGCCUGCAGUGCAGCCGCUUCCCAGCUCUGCCCCAUCCAUGGUAGAAGUGGAGAGCAAGGAGACUGAAGUCAGCUUCAGCGAAUCCUCCAACUCUGCGCAGGAGACGGAGACCUUGCAGGAGGCUGAAGUUGCUCGGAAGGAAAAGGGCCGUCAGAAAACCACACGGCAGCGGCGCAAAAAGAGUACGGGCAGAAAGGGGGAUGCUGCUGAAGUCAGCGCCUUUGAGCCGGAGAGGCUGCAGAGCAAGUCACCCCCCGCCAGCGAAGUCAAGGCAAAGCCUGAAGAAGUCUUGAAGGAGGAAAAGCAAACAAAAGCCGUGGCUCAGGUGUCCGUGGAGCCAAGUGCUUCUGACACAGGCAAGGCUGCAGCUGCUGACAUUGUGGCCGCACAUGAAGCUGUUGCCGAGAGCAGUAUGUCUCCAAAAGCACCAACUCCAGCUCCUCUGGACCUGGCCUCCCCACCAGUCCCCCUCGAGGAGGGCAGCCAGAGCGGGUUUAAGAUACGGUCACCUAUGGAGAACGUGCCCAUCACGCCACCGAGUGCCCCAAACACUGCCCUUGCUGCAGUCCCCUCGGCCGUGGCAGCAGCCAAGCUGCCCACCCCAGUGCCCGCCACCAUCGUGCCCUUUCACUCCGGUGCUGCCAAGGUCCCAGAGUGGAUGGUGAGGCACGAGGAGCCCCGUGCCCGUUCCACGCCUCCACCUGCUCUCCCGCCGGACACGAAGGCGUCUGAUAUCGACACAAACUCCAGCACUUUGAGGAAGAUCCUCAUGGAGCCCAAGUAUGUCUCAGCCACGAGCAUAACCUCCACACAUGUGACGACGACACACGCCGAGCCGGUGAGCGCGCCUUGUCUGGAGGAGGCACCUCUCCACCCCGCCAUUGAGGCCAUAAAGCCUGUUUCAGAGGAGAAGCCAGCAGUUCCCAUCACCAACGCCUUGGACCCACCGGUGGCCGAGGCACCCGUGUUUGGUGAGAAGGAGAAGAUGAGCACAGUGAUUGCUCCCAAAGCCACUUCUGUUAUAAGCAGGAUGCCCCACAGUGUGGAUCUGGAGGAGGCUCCCAGGAUCACCUUGGUGAAGCAAGCUCCCCAAACCCAGACAUGUCUGGUCAAUGCUCCUUCACCAAAAUUCAAGCAGAGGCCAAGCACAAAUGAUAACAGCAGGUUUCACCCGGGGUCCAUGUCUAUCAUCGAGGAGAGGCCUGUAGAGACUGGCUCCAGUCCGGGGCUGCGGGUGAACACCUCGGAAGGCGUAGUGCUUCUGAGUUACUCGGGGCAGAAGACAGAAGGCCCUCAGCGGAUUAGUGCCAAGAUCAGCCAGAUCCCCCCUGCCAGUGCGGUGGAUAUCGAGUUUCAGCAGUCUGUGUCCAAGUCUCAGAUUAAACAGGAACCCAUCACACCAUCUCAGCCAACGCCGAAAGCCUCCCAGACCUCGGCAGGCUACGGGACUGUUUCCACCCAUUCUUCUUUGGUACUAGGAACACAGCCUUAUAACACGUCACCCGUCAUCUCCUCCAUUAAACAGGAGAAGUCCGACUCGUCCCACCUUUCUGUCCAGACUCCAGCGUCUCAGCCUGGGAAGGUCCUCACACAGACUGUGAACACUCCACCCGUACUCGUCCAUAACCAGAUGGUUGUGAACAAGAAACUCUCUGACCCAGCCGCUCUGAAAGUGGAGACCAAGACUCUGCAGCCCUCCACCUUGAGUCCUGGGGUUAGUCCUCACCACCCUUCCCUCUCUGGGAAGAUGCAUUCGGAAGCGAACCACGUCAGCUCGGGACCCAGCACCCCCACUGACCGGGCCAUCUCCCACCUGGGGGUCACCAAACAGGAGCCGCAUUCACCGCGCACGAGUGGGCACUCGCCAUCGCCGUUCCCCCGCACUUGUCAUCCUGGCAGUACCUCGUCCCCGGCAUUAUCCAGCAGCACCCCGGUCAUGCUGGCGCCGGGAAUUCCCGUUCCCCAGUACAUAUCCAGCAUGCAUCCCGAGCAAUCUGUUAUCAUGCCCCCUCACAGCGUAACACAGACUGUGUCCCUGGGCCAUCUGUCCCAAGGCGAGGUGAGGAUGAACACCCCUCCUCUCUCCGGCAUCCCUUACGGCAUCCGCCCGGAAGCGCUCCACUCCCCCCGAGCUGCUCUGCAACCCCAGAUAGAGAUCAAAACCCAGCGAUCCAGCACCCCCCAGCCAGCUCCAAUACGAGACAUUGUCAUGCCUCCUCUGUCCUCUCAGCAUCCCCCCGAGGAGGAGAUGCACUACCACCACACCACGGUGUGCCGAGGGCCAGCCCCCGUCCAGUCCGACGUGCUGGUGAUGCAGCCGGAUUACCGCAUGCACCCCACGAGCAUCAGGCUCGACCAGUACAACGUGCCCCGGGACGUGCGGAUGAUCAUGCACCCGCACAUGGCUGCCGUGGGCGAGCACCACUCGGAGACGAGACAAUCCCGAACGCCCGAAGGGGCUGUGAAGACUCCUCCUGUCAGUAAAACCCCCCAGCCUGGGAAGGAGACCCCCAAAUCCUCGGAAGGGAAGCUGGCUCAUUCACCACACAGUGAGCCCCGGCUCCUCAGCGUCCCCUCCAGCAGCCAGCUGCCUGGACUGCCCCUGUCGCAGCCGGUGGUGGUACCCCAUGGGGUACAGAUCAUGCACCCCGCAGGGAGCUCCUUCCACGACUACCGGUCCGUGUACGGUGACAUGAGGAACUACCACACCGCGGCACAGCUCGGGCAUCCUCAGUUCCCCGGCGCCUCGCCCAUUGGGCUGCCUUCCCGGAGUAUGACCCCGUCUCAGGGUCUGUCGGAGGGCGAGCACUCACACCCCAGCCAGCCAGUUCGCAGCAAGACCCCUCAGAUCCCUCAGGAUCCCAAGGGCCCAGCGGCAGCAGGGCCGGAGCAGAGUCACCACCCCACUGUAAAUAGGCAUGCAACGCAGAUAGACCCUCACGUCCACCUUCAGAGGGCACAAGGGGACACGGGCCAGACCUCCUACCCUUCGCCUGUGGCCAUUUCAAUCAAGCAGGAGCUUCCGUCACCGCACCAACCCCAGGCUGUUCCCAAGCAAUCCAUGUUUAUCCCCACAACAUCAGGAGCUGGGGCACCGCCAGGGCUGCCCCUCAGUCGCCCCGAGCCCCAGUCUGCUCUCAAACAGGAGCCGUCUCCUCACCCUGUGUCACAGAGACCUGUGGAUAUGGUUCAGCUUCUGACGAAAUACCCCAUUGUCUGGCAGGGCCUCUUGGCUCUGAAGAACGACACGGCCGCCGUUCAGCUCCACUUUGUCUCCGGUAACAACGUCCUGGCUCACCGGUCACUGCCGGCGCCUGAGGGGGGACCCCCGCUGCGCAUCGCCCAGCGCAUGCGGCUCGAGGCCUCGCAGCUGGAGGGAGUUGCCCGCAGGAUGAUGGUGGAGAGUGAUUACUGCCUGCUGCUGGCCUUGCCUUGCGGCCGAGACCAGGAGGAUGUGGUGAAUCAGACGGAGUCGCUCAAGGCUGCGUUCAUCAGCUACCUGCAGGCCAAGCAGGCUGCAGGAAUCAUCAACGUGCCCAACCCCGGCUCUAACCAGCCUGCCUACGUUCUGCAGAUCUUCCCACCCUGUGAGUUUUCAGAAAGCCACCUCUCCCGCCUGGCCCCGGACCUGCUCGCCAGCAUCUCCAACAUCUCCCCUCACCUGAUGAUCGUCAUUGCCUCCGUGUGAGCCCUUCGCCGCGCACUGACUCGAGUCGGGUUUGAGUUGAAUCCUUUCUGUUUUCUUUCUUCCAAGGCCCUGCAGCAAAAAAAAACCACAACACCCCCUCCCCAACCAACCAAACCAACCCCCAACGAGCCCCCCAAAAACCACCCAGAAAAAACAGAAUUUUGGUAAAAAAUACCAAUAAAAAGCAAGAGAGAAAGGAAUGAACCAAGAAAAUGCUGCCAGAUACCAGCCUCCUGCCCUGACCGGCCUCGAUCAAACUGUCGCUGGGGAGCUGCUCCCCUGGAUGUUUACAUAUUGCUUUAGCUUAUGGACAACGGCUGCACUCAGCAGGCGC